CGCCCCGGCCGGCAGACGCGGAGAAGCCGUGAGUCGGGCAGCUGGUGCCCGCGGGUCUGGCUCAGGAGGCGAGUCAGGGAGGGGGCGGCGGCGGCGGCUUUCUCCCGCCUCAGCAGAGCCCAUUGGGAGGCGAAGCGCGCGGGCCGGGAGCGAGGGGAGCCGCCUGAGGGGAGCGGGCGCCGGAGUGGGCGGAGAGGGCGGCCGGCCCAGGCGGGGAGUGAGCGGCGUGCGGUUGGCGGCGCUGUGGGGCGGCCCGUCCGCGUCCCCCGUCCCUCCCUCAUCCCUGUCCCCAUCCCCGGCUUGGGCGGCGGCGGCGGGGCCAUGGCGCUGCUGCGGGCCCGGGCGCUGUACGACUUCAAGUCGGAGAACCCGGGCGAGAUCUCGCUGCGGGAGCACGAGGUGCUGAGCCUGUGCAGCGACCAGGAGAUCGAGGGCUGGCUGGAGGGGGUCAACAGCCGCGGCGACCGCGGCCUCUUCCCGGCCUCCUACGUGCAGCUCAUCCGCGCGCCGGCCGCCGAGCCGCCGCUCCCGCUGCCCGCGCCCGCCCCGGCCCGCUACGCCAACCUGCCCCCCGGCGGCUUCGAACCCCCGGCGUCCACCUUCCACCCGCCGCCGCCAGCCCAGCAGCCGCAGCUCCCUCCGCCGGCCGCCGAGCCGUUCCAGCCGAGCUACCCGUUCCCUUACGGCGGCUCCCCCUACCAGCCCAGCCAAGGCAGCGACGACGACUGGGACGAUGACUGGGACGACAGCUCCACCGUGGCCGACGAGCCGGGCGUCCUGGGCAGCUCCUACCCGGACUACGAGAACGCCGGCGGGGGCCCUUCGUCGGGCAGGUACCGCCUGUCCACCCGCUCGGACUUGUCGCUCAGCUCCCGCGGGAGCCAGCCCGGCGCCCACCUGCCUCACCCGGCCAAGAGCUCGGCCACGGUGAGCCGCAACCUGAACCGCUUCUCCACCUUCGUCAAGUCGGGGGGCGAGGCCUUCGUGCUGGGCGAGGCGUCGGGCUUCGUGAAGGACGGGGACAAGCUGUGCGUGGUGCUGGGCCCCCACGGGCCCGAGUGGCAGGAGAACCCCUACCCCUUCCAGUGCUCCAUCGAAGACCCCACCAAGCAGACCAAGUUCAAGGGCAUGAAGAGCUACAUCGCCUACAAGCUGGUGCCCAGCCACACUGGCCAGCAGGUGCACCGGCGCUACAAGCACUUCGAUUGGCUCUACGGACGCCUGGUGGAGAAGUUCCCCGUCAUCUCGGUGCCCCACUUGCCUGAGAAGCAGGCCACUGGGCGCUUCGAGGAAGACUUCAUCUCCAAGCGGCGGAAGGGCCUGGCCUGGUGGAUGGACCACAUGUGUAGCCACCCAGUGCUGGCCCAGUGUGAUGCCUUCCAACAUUUCCUCACCUGCCCCAGCACAGACGAGAAGGCCUGGAAGCAGGGCAAGCGCAAAGCGGAGAAGGACGAGAUGGUGGGAGCCAACUUCUUCCUAACGAUUAGUGUCCCCGCCGGCCCUCCUGCUUCUCUGGACCUGCAGGAUGUGGAAAGCCAGGUGGAUGGCUUCAAGAGCUUCACCAAGAAGAUGGACGAGAGCACCAUUCAGCUCAAUCAGACAGUGAAUGAGUUUGCUCGCAAACAGGUCACUGGCUUCAAGAAGGAGUACCAGAAAGUGGGGCAUUCCUUCAAGGGCCUCAGCCAAGCCUUUGAGAUGGACCAGCAAGCCUUCUCGGUUGGCCUCAAUCAAGCCAUUGCCUUCACUGGAGAAGCUUAUGAUGCUAUUGGUGAACUCUUUGCAGAUCAGCCUAGACAGGACCUGGAUCCUGUGAUGGAUUUGUUAGCACUGUAUCAGGGACAUCUGGCGAAUUUCCCAGACAUCAUACAUGUCCAAAAAGGAGCCCUUACCAAAGUGAAGGAGAGUAAGCGGCAUGUUGAAGAAGGGAAGAUGGAGGUCCAGAAGGCGGAUGGUAUUCAGGAUCGUUGUAACAUUAUUUCUUUUGCCACCCUGGCAGAAAUUCACCAUUUCCAUAAAAUUCGAGUCAGGGACUUCAAGUCACAAAUGCAGCAUUUCUUACAACAGCAAAUACUUUUUUUCCAAAAAGUGACGCAAAAGUUAGAAGAAGCUCUUCACAAGUAUGACAGUGUUUAACGUCUGGAUGACUACAAUAUUUUUUAAUUCCUGGACUCUGCAUAGUGGAUAUUUCUUGGCAUAUGGAUGAGUUAAACAACAGAGACGGCAAAUAUUACUCUCAAAUAACUAUUGGCAUCCCCUCAGGGCUGCCAUACAAGGAUGGUUUUGUAAUCUGUUUUGGAUCCAGCUGAACCUAAUAAUUGCAUUAGGAGAAAAUAAUUAUGCCUAUGUAGCAGAGACUGUACUACACCUUGUAACUAAGUUAUACUCCGAAUGCCUACACUACCAUUGUAAUGUUUUUUACAUAAUGAUUAUACUAUCUGCCUUAUCGCUUUUUUGAAAUACGGUAUUUUAGUGCAUAUUCUGUAGACCUCAAAACCUUUUGGGUCUUCAAAGGAGCUGGUUAGUUAAAGGAUCAGCUUCAGAUGCCUUUUUAAAAUACUCUUUGGUUUGAAUUUUCUGAAUUCAACCAAUUAUCUGUUUACAAAUUCCUGUUAGAGCAGCUAUACGACUUUGUGCCUUUAGACUCACAGUUUUUCAGUUUUUUUCCUAAUAAACCACAUUUUUACGACUGGAUGAAUGAAGGGUUGGCACCUCUAACAGGGCCUGAUUUCAAACCUCAUAGUGACUGAAAAGUAUGACUCUCAUAAGAUUCGCACACCUGGUAUUAUGAUAAAUAUUGGCUGAAAAACAGGAUCUAAAAUCAUUUUAGACCUCGUUCUGAUUAAAGAUACUAUUUAUUACUUGUACCAGAACCUUAAACACGCAGAAGAGAGUGCGGCGCUGCUGUAUUUCCUAACAUGGCAACAUAAAACUCUUCACUGUAACACUUUUUAAAUAGAAACUUGGACCACUUACCUAAUAAAUGAAUACUGAAGUGUAAU